AUGGCAGAUCCUCAGCUUCAGUCCAGCUUCAUCACUAGGCUGCCUCCCGAGAUCCGCCAGCUCGUGUACCUCGAGCUGUGGCGCUCCUACGGUCUUCGCCAGCACAUCCUACAUCACCGCGGUGAGACUAAUGACGACCCAGCGCACCUCUGUCAUUGGCCUUGCACGAUGCCGUACGAGGUUCAAGACGGGUUGCAGGAGGAGAUUGAGGAAGCGAGGUCUCGGGCUGGCGUCGUCCUGGGUGAGGAAUUCGAAGACACCCAGCUCUGCCAUGACCUGCUGUCACCGUGGAUCAAUCACCGGGCGUGUGGUCGACGUGCGGAAUUGGCCUACGGUAUUGAGGCUGUCCACUCCAUGACCACCUCGGUGGCGAGCUGCUGGAAGACGCCAAAAAGACUCGAUGAUGCACCGCGCGUCCGGGCGCCCUACUUUCCGAUGCUGCUCUCCUGUAAACUUGUUUCCUCCGAGUGCCUACCUUCUAUAUAUGGGUCUACCACGUUCGUCUUCACCGACACGACGUCCUUGACGACGCUCGUGGGCAGCUGCGACACGCCUGCCCCCAUGAAGACCCCGUACACGCCGCCAAAUGUGCCCCGAUUCCUGUUCCAGCACGCGAGGAGCCUGGAGCUGUCAUUGAGCGCCAAUUUCUCCGUCUUGCUACCGUGUACCGUUGCUACCGACCGCAAGAGCGGCCUGGCUCACGACGCCUACGACUUUCACUGGCUGAAGCCCGGCAUGUUCAAGUGCCUGAGCAGCCUCAACAUCUGGAUCGCAGCCCGUGGCCUGGCUCUGCGCUACGACGGGGAGCACGAUUUCGUGGCUCCGAAUCAGCUCGAUCUAGAGGCCUUGGGCAAAAUGACAGAAUCUCUGUGCGGGGUCGGGUCCGUCGCGCUGAGCAUGCCUCUUGGCAGCGGCAUCGAGCCUCAAGACGGCUAUGUCGAGAGCUUGGCUAGGCCCGGUGUUCGGCUUUGGAAGAGAGGCACCGGAGAUAGAUUCCAUCCCCACUUGAACACGCUCCGGCUAGCUAUGCGCCUGGGGAAGGACAGCACAAUCCGCACACAGGAUGCAAGAGAGGUGCGAGUUGGACGCAGCCAAAGCCUGGGUGACUUUGCGGUUCCUGCGCUUGAAUUAUAG